AUGUCGUUGUCUUCUUACCUCAGCCCGACACGCCUGCUAGAAGGCUAUCUCCGCCGUUGCCUCACGGCGGCAGGACUAACGACGCAGUCUCUUGCCGUAGACUCUGACACAACUAUCCACUUUUGGGGCCCACCACCUCUAAACAACCGCAUGGACGACGAAAGACCGGUGAUGCUUCUCCUCCACGGUUUCGGCCCAUCAGCCAUGUGGCAGUGGCGGAGACAGAUUCAAGCUUUCUCUCUGACCAUUUUCCGGCUAUAUUGUCCCGAUCUUGUCUUCUUCGGCGACUCUACUACUUCCUCCACCAAUCGCUCCGAGGUCUUCCAGGCAGAGUGUAUGUCAAAGCUGAUGGAGAAAAUAGGAAUAGAGAAGUUUAAUGUUGUUGGAACAAGCUACGGUGGAUUUGUAGCGUACCACAUGGCAAAAAUGUGGCCGGAAAAAGUGGAGAAAGUUGUGAUUGCUAGCUCCGGGAUCAACAUGAGAAAGUGUGACAGUGAAAGUUUAUUGCAAAGAUCGAAUUGUGAGUGCAUUGAGAAAGUUAUGUUACCAUCAACUGCAACAGAGCUUCGAACACUUAUGGGUUUAGCAUCUUCUUGGAGGCUUGUUCAUAUGUUCCCUGAUGCUCUCUGGAACGACGUUAUUAGUAAUUUAUACCAAAAGAAUAGAAAAGAGAAGAUAGAAUUAUUGAAGGGGGUGACUCUAGGCAGGGAGGAGAAAUUAAACAUCGAUCCUCUUUCUCAGGAGGUCUUGAUAGUAUGGGGAGACAAAGAUCAAAUAUUUCCUGUGAAGAUGGCUUACGAACUAAAAGAGAUUAUUGGAGACAAAACGAAACUAGAGAUCAUUGAGAACACUUCACAUGUUCCUCAGAUUGAAUGUGCGCAAGAGUUUAACAAUAUCGUUUUGAGAUUUUUGAAUGGAUCUCAAUAA